AGGUGGGGGAGUCUCUCCAGCGGGGCGAGAGGCUCCUUCUUGAGAGGCGAUGGUGAGCGGAGGGCUAGACACUGGAGAGAAGGCGGCGAUGGGCUGUCAGGAGGAGCCCGAGCUGCUGGAGGAAGCGAAGCCGGAGCUGAAGGGCGCCGAGACUGAGACUCCGAACGGGUCUGUCCCGGGAUCGUUCGCGGAGGUGCGCCUGAGCUGGCGGCGCUGGGUGAUCGUCUUCCUCUUCAGCUCCUAUUCCUUCUGCAACGCCUUCCAGUGGAUCCAGUUUGGCAGCAUCAACCAAAUCUUUGCCGACUUCUACAACGUGACUUACUUCGCGAUUGACUGGAUGUCCAUGUGCUACAUGCUCGUCUAUAUCCCCUUUCUUUUCCCUGUCGCCUGGCUCCUUGACAAAAAGGGUCUGCGCCUCAUCGCCCUGGUUGGCUCAGCUCUCAAUUGCCUGGGUGCCUGGGUGAAGACACACAGUGCCAAACCACACCUCUUCCCAGUUGCCGUCCUGGGCCAGGUCAUCUGCUCUGCGGCCCAAGUCUUCAUCUUGGGCAUGCCCUCUCGCAUUGCUUCGGUCUGGUUUGGACCCCGCGAAGUCUCCAGUGCCUGUUCAAUCGCUGUCUUUGGCAACCAGUUUGGUAUUGCAGUGGGCUUCCUUCUCCCUCCAGUUCUGGUUCCCAAUUUGGAAGACAAGGAGCAGCUGGCCUACCAUAUCAGCAUCAUGUUUUAUAUGACUGCAGCUGUGGCAACAGCACUCUUCAUCUUAGUUGUCUUUGUGUUCCAAGAAAAGCCUCAGUAUCCUCCAAGCCGGGCCCAGGCCUUGAUUCACUCAUCAGCCCCUGAGGAAUCUUCCUAUCUGCAAUCUAUUCUUCGGCUGUUUCGCAAUGUCAACUUUGUGCUGCUUGUAGUCACUUAUGGGUUGAACACAGGCUGCUUCUAUGCACUCUCAACCCUGCUAAACCGCAUGGUGAUGAGCCACUACCCGGGAGAAGAACUGAAUGCUGGCAGAAUUGGUCUCACCAUCGUCGUGGCUGGCAUGGUUGGUGCUUUAAUCUCAGGCAUCUGGUUGGACAGAACCAAAACCUACAAGCAGACAACGCUGACGGUUUACAUCAUGUCAUUUGUGGGCAUGGUGGUUUACACUUUUACUUUGGACCUUGGCCGCAUCUGGGUGGUUUUUAUUACUGCAGGUGCGCUGGGGUUUUUCAUGACUGGGUACCUACCACUGGGCUUUGAAUUUGCAGCAGAGUUAACAUAUCCAGAGUCAGAAGGGACAUCAUCAGGCCUCCUUAAUGUAUCUGCACAGAUUUUUGGAAUAAUAUUCACCAUUAGCCAAGGACAGAUCAUGGAUAACUUUGGAACUCUAGCAGGAAACCUCUUCCUUUGUGCUUUCCUGUUUGUUGGCACUGUUGUAACUGCUUUCAUCAAAGCCGAUCUCCGGAGACAACGGGCCAAUCUGAAUAGUGAACAAACUAAGACACUGGGACAAAUAACUCAGACCACCCCUGUAUGAGGAAUCAAAACUCGAAAGGAUGUGGUGGCAGAGCUAGGAGAUGUGGCUGCUGCUGCUACCCUCCCCUCUCAUCUCUGCCAUCUGUACCUUCCAAUGUACACGUGCUGUGGCUUGAUACCCAAGGCCAGUCAGAAAGUCACCGAUGGAAGGACUACGCAGGGCUUGAGUCACCCUCAUCUGAGCCAACUUCUUUUCUUUGCUUUGGUGAUGGACAACCCAUUGCUCAGAAGAAAAGGACUGAAGCAGCAGACUUGUCUUGGUGGCGCUUGUUGCUGAGUCAUUUGAAUCCAGUGUUGCAUUCUCCACAUUCAGUAUGGAUUGAGAUCUACCAAGUGUUCAUCUUUUUACUUGUUCAGCAGAACUGCAGGAUGGGAUAUGAAAGGGAUCCAGAGGAAGAUCCUUGCUCCUUAGGGAGAACCAGAAAGCACUUGCUCUAUGAGCAGCCCUAACUGAAGUGCAACCCUUGAUUUGCAAGUGGGGGGCUGACCCAGCCAAGGGGAAGUUGGCAGAGGCUUCCAGCUCUCCUCUCUACCAACAGGAUGUUAAAACUGAUCUAUUUUUGUAACUCCAGUUCAGCAGAUUUUUUAAAAAAAUAUUCAUGGACUAUAGUUUUGCAAUGGGAGAACUAUUUUUAACCAAAACUGUGAUGAUAUUCUAGAAAUUGUACAGAGUAACUUAUUUUUAAAGAGUAUUUGAGAAGCACA